GCAGUAACUUUGGGGUACUACAGUUUGAAAAGGUUCACUGCAGUAGACAUGCUCGCAUAACUCAUUGAAUUGGAUUGUUGAUUUCCAUCUGAAAGAUGGCUUCAGUAAGUGUGGCGCCUUCUUCCGGGCUCGUAGAUGCCAGUGGUAUAAACAUUGGUGUUGACAGAUUGCCAGAUGAAAUGAAUGAGAUGAAAAUAAGCGAUGAUAAAGAAGUUGAAGCAACAGUGGUUGAUGGGAACGGGACAGAAACUGGUCAUAUAAUUGUCACAACUAUAGGUGGCAGAAAUGGCCAACCAAAAAAGACUAUAAGUUACAUGGCUGAGCGUGUCGUCGGACAUGGAUCAUUUGGAGUUGUCUUCCAGGUUAGUCUGCGUGCGAUCCGAGCAAAAUGAAAUUCCAUAACAAUGUUACACUACACUGCUCCUUAUGUGAACAUUUAUUAGAUUCACCUUCUUA